CCGUUCUUUUGUCACUUCCCGUACAGAACUAGGGCAGUUCAGUCCAUCGUCUGAGAACAGAGCGCGCCAGGGCAGUACUCGGGCGGUGUGUACGUCGAACAGCAAACAUGAGCGAUAGCGGGGAGCAGAAUUAUGGAGACCGGGAGUCUCGAUCCGCUUCAAGAAGCGGUAGUGCUCGUCGCUCUGGCAAGUCUGCAAGCCAGUCUCCCAAUCAUUCUGCUGCACGCUCUCGUUCAAAAGAAGGAUCCAGACGUUCCAGAUCAAAGUCCAGAUCAAGAUCUGAAUCAAGAUCAAGAUCAAGAAGAAGUUCUCGUCGACACUACACAAGGUCACGCACCCGUUCAAGAUCACAUAGAAGGUCCAGAAGCAGAUCAUACAGCAGAUCAUACAGCAGGCGACACAGCCAUAGUCACUCUCCUAUGUCAAAUCGUCGCCGUCAUAUUGGCAACAGGGCAAAUCCUGAUCCCAACUGCUGCCUGGGUGUGUUUGGACUAAGUCUUUAUACCACAGAGAGAGAUUUAAGAGAAGUAUUUUCAAAAUAUGGUCCUAUUGCUGAUGUUUCCAUAGUGUACGAUCAACAGUCCCGGCGUUCAAGAGGUUUUUCGUUUGUAUACUUUGAAAAUGUUGACGAUGCAAAGGAGGCUAAAGAGCGUGCUAAUGGAAUGGAGCUUGAUGGAAGGCGAAUCCGCGUUGACUUCUCUAUAACAAAAAGGCCUCAUACACCUACACCAGGAAUAUACAUGGGACGUCCAACGUAUGGAAGUUCACGUCGCAGAGAUUACUAUGAUAGGGGGUAUGAGCGAGGUGGAUAUGAUGACCGUGAAUACUAUAGCAGGUCUUCCUACAGAGGAGGCGGAGGUAGUGGAUGGCGUGGUGGGCAAGAUCGUGACCAGUUUUCUAGGAGGAGAUCUCCCUCACCAUACUAUAGCAGAGGUGGAUACAGGUCUCGCUCUAGGUCUCGCUCAUACUCUCCUCGUCGCUACUAAAAGCUUUCAAAUGAAUUUCCAACAAGGAGACAGUUUAUUUAUAUUUAAAGAUCUGUCAGCAUUAAAGUGAUGUAGAAGACUUUAACACCAUUUUUGCUAAAUUUUGAUAGAUUGUAAAAAGCUGUCUAUUGCUUCUGUAUAGACAUUUUUGUGACUCAAUGUUUGCAGCUGUUUUGCAUGUGUUUUAUAACCUGUGACUGCUAUGAAGUUUAUAUAGUUAAGAGCUUUGUUUUCUAUUGGAUGUUAUGAUUUACCUGCAGUCUUUGGAAUCAGCAAGUUGAAAUAAAUCAAACUUUGAUUUUUACU